CAACCAUCGUCAUAAUUUCCCUGUAUGGACUAUGGCGUUGGACCUGGUGACGGUGAGAGUUGAUAUUCAUUUUACACACAACCGAAAACCCUUGAUAGGAAUUCUGCCUCUCUCUCUCACGUCUCAACUAAUUGGGUACCAGUGAACACUCAAUUAUAGCUGAAUCGUCUCUUGGUCCUUUGUUUCGAUCUCAUUGGGUAAAAGUUACUGACCUUCUUCACAGAUUUUACCAAUUUUUGUCUACUCCUAAAAAAGAAACCCAAUUUCCUUUCGAUAAAUUAAAGUUUCUUAGAUCUGAAUAAGCAAGCAUGAGGGGGCUAAAUUUAAAUGAAAUGGAGAGUUUCAGUGCAAAAGAUGUAUCAACGAUCGGUGGUAUAGCAACUGUUUCUCUUCUUCACUCCUUCAUUCCGACUCAUUGGUUGCCUUUCUCCAUUGUUGGUCGUGCUCAGAAAUGGACUCUUUCCAGGACUCUUAUCGUUACUGCAUUUGGAGCAGUUUUGCAUGUUCUUUCAACUUCACUUCUUGGUAUAACAGCGAUAACUAUGGCGAAUACCAUUGCGAGUGAAGACACAGUGCAUAAACUUGCUUCUCUUUUGCUUGUUAUUCUUGGGGGUAGUUACAUUUUGCUGUAUUUACGUGGAAAGGGUGGACACUGUCACGCACACAAUCCUCCCAUGGAGAAAAUGGCUGUAGCUGGUCUUGUCCUUGUUCCUGCAUUGUCACCCUGUGCAACCACACUUCCAGUAUUUCUCGCAGUUGGAAACUCAUCCUCCAUGAUGGUACUCGCCAUCAUCGUGCUGCUAUUUAGCACUAUAACCGUGAUGACCUCGCUGGUAGCUUUGUCAUUCUAUGGCGCUAGUCAGCUAAAGUUUCACUGGGUAGAGCGUUACGACAAGCUUCUUGUAGGGUCUGUACUCUGUUUAGUUGGAAUUCUGACACUCUUAUUUCAUGAUCACGAUCAUGAUGAGAAUUCAAUUGGAGAGCAUCUGCACAGGAAACUCAUUGGCAUGUGAGGACGUGUCAGUUCUUUUCCCAAACUAUUCCUCUCUUAAUCAAAUACAUGGUGGAGCGUAAAAUCAAGAAACAUCAGCUGACGGGAAGAUGGUAUUUCUUGUAUGGGUGAAAUUGUGUUGCUUCACCAGAAAUUGAAUAUGGUGCAAUGUAUUUUUUUUUACCAAUAGGUGCUUUUGUGAUUAAUGUAUUGCAACAGAAAGUAUCUCGAUGACGCAAAUAUAUAUAUAUAUAUAUUGUAGUUAGUUUGAAAAUGCUGGUGAGCUUGUAAGGAGCAUGACACGUGUUAACUUAA